AUACGCGGCAACCAUCCGCCAGCCUCUACCACCAAACGCAUCCAGCGCAAGCGGCCCUCGAUUAUCCUAGCCACCGUUCAUAAACCCUCCAUACGCGAACGCAAUCAAACCGUACCCUCGCCAUGUCGUACUUCCGAAUCACUCUGAUGCGCUCGGGCAUCGGCCUCCCGCCGAAAACCCAGGGCGUCCUCAAAGCCCUCGGCCUCCGCAAGCGCAUGACGACUGUCUACUACCCAGUCAGCCAAUCCGUCGCCGGCCAGAUAAUGAGGAUAAAGGAGCUUGUGGAUGUGAAGGAGGUGGAGCACGCGAUGACGAAAGAGCAGAUGCGCGCUGCGAGGCGGCCAGAUCCGGGGUAUUAUAUCGAGAGGAGGGGGACAGAAGCUAUGAGGGGGUAUGAAGAGGUAUGAGAGGGACGUACUGCAAAUGAUAGGUGUAACACAUUAUAACUGUACGAUGGUAUGUGCAUAUAUGGCCGCCGCUUUCGGCUGGAAAGAGAAUGGGUUACAUAGUGGAGAGACGCUAGCCAUGGAAUCACCGUUUCACUAGACCUUACACAUCGGGGUGGGGAAGCUCAUUCUUCAGAGUCAAAUGGACGGAUGAGCAGGAUAUCACGUAUACGUUUCUUGCUUCUUGUUUCUUUCCCGAGAACAGACGGGUGACGGGGUGCGUGCAUGGAAGCCAAUUCUUCGGGCUGGACUGAUAGCAGGCAUAGCCAUAAACACAGCUUCAAGAAUCAAGGUCCUGAAGCUCAUUUCCCUACACAAUCGGAGCAUAGUAGCUUUUCCUUUAGUUGAAGCCCAGCGACCAGGAAACCGGGCG